AUGGCUCCGAAACUUGGUGAUCUUCGUUACAUGAUUUUUUUAGACCUGCAACGUAAUCAGCUUACUGGCUCUAUACCACCAUCAAUAUUCAACAUUACGUCGAUGAAAGUCAUUGCUCUUAGCUAUACCAAUCUUACUAGAAAACUUCCAACAACUAUAUGUGACCAUCUUCCAAACUUGGAAGGGCUUUAUCUCAUGAGCAACUACCUAUAUGCAGUUAUUCCUCCAAACUUAGAGAAAUGCAGAAAGCUUCAAAUAUUGGCAUUAGGGAAAAAUGAGUUUGUUGGAACUUUACCAAGAGAGUUAGCCAACUUAACAGCUCUUACAACAUCAUCUACACAAAUUCUACAUUUGGAAGGUAGUGUGAUAUUUCCUUACAUGAAACUAAAAAUUUUCUUCCUUACAAGGAAUCGAAAAGUUCUCGGGCUUCGUGACAAUCUGUUAGAUGGUGUUUUUCAAGCAUAUGUUGGUAAUUUCUCCGAUUCUUUGCAAAUUUUUGAAGCAGCAGGUUGUAAAUUGAAGGGCGUCAUUCCUCAAGAAAUUGGAAAUCUUACUGGAAUAACAAGGCUUAACUUGUUUAACAAUGUGUUGAUGGGACAUAUUCCCAAAACUGUCCAUGGCAUGUUGAGCCUUCAAGAACUUUACUUAACUAGCAACAAGAAAGAAGGAACAAUGCCAGAUGUUAUCUGUAAUUUAAAGAAACUUGGUGUAUUAGACUUGUCAAAAAAUUAUUUUUCUGGUUUAGUGCCCUCGUGCUUUGGGAAUGUUACUAAUUUGAGGAAUCUAAAUCUAGCUUACAACAGGCUGAAUUCAAGAUUACCGGCAAGCUUGGGAAGUCUUCAAGAUCUCAUAGAGUUCGAUGUUUCAUCCGAUUUAUUAAGUGGGCAAAUUCCCCUUGAGAUUGGAAAUUUAAAGGCUGUAAUACUUAUUGAUCUGCCAAAUAAUGAUUUUUCUAGUAACAUUCCUAGCACACUAGGGGGUCUAGAUAAACUGAAUAAUCUUUCUGUAGCACAUAAUAGACUAGGGGGGCCUAUUCCAGAAUCAUUUGGCACACUAGAGGGGCCUAUGUCCUUGGAAUUCUUGGAUUUGUGUUAUAACAAUCUUACUGGUGAAAUUCCAAAGUCAUUAGAAGGUCUUCUGUAUCUCAAAUACCUGAAAUUCUCAUUCAAUAAACUUAGUGGAGAGGUUCCCACUGAUGGUCCUUCCACAAACCUAACCAGUCAGUCUUUCCUGUCCAAUGUUGCACUCUGUGGUGACUCACGGUACAACAUGAAACCAAGCAUAACCAAUCCACAAAGAAUUCAAGAAGAAAAAGAGUUCUUAUAG